AUGUCUACACAUGCGGCUAAGAAAGUCAAAUUAGAAGGCUUACCUCCGUGCCCAUAUGGUGCUAAUUGUUAUCGUAAAAAUCCCGAUCAUUUGAAAGAAUAUUCACAUUCAAGCACUGCAUCGACUAAGAUCACUACAAAAGAAAUUAAACCGACUAAUAACAAAACAUUACCAAUGUGUCCAUUCGGCGCUACAUGUUAUCGAAAAAAUUUACUUCACUUUGCGGAAUUCAGUCAUCCAUUUAAUCUUCUUAAUCCCGACGCUGAGAGCAGUGAUGAUGAGGAAGAAGAAACAAGCGCAUCAACUAAAACAACUGAGAAUACAAAAAAACGCAAAGCAGAAAAUGAGGAUGCUAAUGAUGCCGAACAAACCGAAGAGUACAAUUCCGAUGAUGAAAGUGCUUAUGAUGUUAAACUUGAAAAAACUUUCUCUAAAAUGAAUGAUGAUGAAAAACGUCUAAUGAUUGAACGAGCAUUAGAAUUAAAAGAAAAACUAAAAGAAAAACUAAAGAAAUCUCGUGAAGAAGCUGAAGAACGCAAAAAAGCAGUCGAAGAACUUCAGAGUAAAAUUGCAGAAGGUGUUUUGUUGAUGGAGGGUGAAGAAGAAAUACUCAAAGGUACUACCGUCAAAUAUUUUGAAUUGUUUCCUGAACGAAGCUACAAACAGGGAUCAGCUGCUGAAGUACAUUUUCGCCUUGCUGAAUCACAAUUCUACCGUCUAUUAAGUGGAUACGCCACAGCACAAGUAGUUAAAGUCGAAUAUGUAUGUAAUCCAAUGUUAAUUCAGAAAUUUAAUAAAGCACGUGACGAACUCAAAGAAAAACGUGGCGCAGAAUAUUCUUAUCCUAUUUUGGCGUUUCAUGGUACAGCUAUUGCUAAUAUUCAACCAAUAUGUGAAACAGGCUUCAAAGUACCUGGCCAAAAAGGAUUUAAACAUGCUACUGAUUCUGGUUACUAUGGACGAGGAACCUACUUUAGUGAGUAUCCUGGUUAUUCAAUGGGAUAUAUUAAAGGUUCAACGAAGUUACUAUUAUGUCAAGUAUUACAAGGAAAAAUUUAUCAAUGUACUACAUUGAUUAGCGGCGCUGGUCUGCAAGAUGGUUAUGAUUCACAUUGCUCACCUUGCAAAAAAGAAUUAAUCAUAUUUCGCAGUGACUUUAUUCUACCACAAUAUAUCGUUCAUUAUAAAUUAAAUGCCGGCGAAUUUAAAUAUGCACCAAAUGAUAUAACUAGAGAAGCCAUUAAAAAGAAAUUAGCCAAAAUUGGCAAGUUAUAUAAAAAAGCUGUUACAACGAAAGAUAAAACCGUAUUUACUGGUUAUAAGUUUGUAUUUAUUGGUCAAAUGGCUGAUACACCUUUAGCAAUUGAGACACUAGUACAACGGUUCGGUGGUCAAGUUUGCAAGAAUGAAAUGGGGACCAGUGGCAAAAAGUCAUCGAAAAAAGCAUUUCACGGAUACUUUGGAUUUAGUAGUUAUGAUGCACCAACUAUGAUCAUUUGCUCAGUUGCUGAAAUCCAAGCAACGACUCCUUCCGCAGAAUUGCAAGCAUAUAAAAAUUUGGGUCAUCCAGUAUUCUAUCGUGAAGAUUUUCUAUACGAUUCAAUUAUUGCAGGUUCAGUAAAACCUUUGGAAGACUAUACACAUGAUUGA